AUGGGACAUCUUCAACAAUUUACAUUGACAGGGAAGGGCACCAUUGACGGAAGAGGAAAUAAUUGGUGGGGAAAACAGAAAAGUAGACCAGCGACCAUUCAAUUCAAUGAUGUGAAAGGGAGUGCACUGAGUGGACUGACGGUGACAAACAGUCCUCAAUUUCAUGUCACAUUGACAAAUUGUGACAGUGUCCAGAUCGUGGGUAUUACCAUUCAAGCACCAGAAAGCGGCCCAAACGCUGAUGGAAUUGAUACGUUCCAAUCCACAAACAUAGUCAUAAAAGAUUCGACUAUUGGAACAGGAGAUGAUUGCAUAGGGAUAGGUGAUGGGUCUUCAAAUAUCAGGAUCAGUGAUAUCACAUGCGGUCCAGGCCAUGGAAUAAGCAUUGGAAGUCUUGCAAAAGGAAAUACGAAAGCAGAUGUUCAUUCGAUUCACGUGAACGGUGCCAAGUUGAAAUCAACAACGAAUGGAUUGAGAAUCAAGACAUGGCAAGGGGGUUCUGGCAUGGCACGUGAUAUAACAUAUGAGAACGUCCAUAUGGAAGAUGUGAGCAACCCAAUAAUAAUUAACCAAUUCUACUGUGAGACAGGUGACACUGGGUCUCGUUGCAAGGCUCAGGGUUCUGCUGUGAAAAUCAGUAAUGUACAAUACAGUAAUAUCAGAGGCACAUCAGCAACAGAAGACGAAAUCACAUUGUUGUGCAGCCAAAGCGGAUCUUGCACUGGCAUAACAAUGGAGAAUAAAGAUUUGGUAACUAACUCAGGGGCGCAUGCUGCUUGUAAUGCCCAACACGUAAAGGCUCGCACCCUUGGAGUUGUGAUUCCUUCAGCUUGUCUGGGUCAAAAUGCCAAAUGA